ACUCAAACUCGUACGGUACCCUACCUGGUACUUACCGUACUGCAGCACAUACCCAUACUUGUACAACUCGGCGCCGUCUCGCCUCGGUUGGAAUCGCGGUGCACGUUGAGUUCCAUUCCGUGGUCGCAUUCGUACGCUUGCGCCAGACCGCUUCCAGACAGCACAACGACAGAAUGAAGCCGUCGCCGAAUACUGCCAUCGGCCGAGGCACCGCUCUGGCUUUCCUCUGGUGGUUCGCGGGUGCCGUUGCGGUUGCCUCUGGGUGGACGACGGGGAUUGCUACCGGCACCACCCGUGCCUCGAGCACCCCGGAUCGCCACCGGGAAAUCGGGACCUCUUCUUCCCGGACCGGGCCGCUGCGAACGUCUUCGCCCGGGGAACCGGAAGCGGCUCGUCCCCCGGUGGAAGGGCUCGCCACACGCCGGGAACUCGUCGCGGCCGCCGGGGGAUGCCUCGGAGCCGCAGCGGUACUGGCGGCACGGCCCGCACCUUCCGGGGCCGCGGAACCCCUGGACGCGGGGGAGGCAAUACGGCGGGGGGCCUCGAACCUGCCGGGGUACGGGUCGAGCGACGUCUUUUAUCUGGGGUCCUUCGCCGGGAGCUGGAAGAUGACCCGCGAGGUGGAAUUUCCGUCCUCGCCGAACGUCUUGCGCCUGUCGUACCCGGUGCGUUUCGUCCAAUCGAUCGAAGACGGUGCGGUGGUGGCCGACCGCGGGUACAACCAGGCCGAGCUCGAGGCCGCACUGGCCCGGACCAGGAGCGGGGCAUCGGGCCCGGACGGAUCCGCACCGGAACCGGCAUCUCCUGCCGUGCGUUCCUACGAGUGGGUUCCCUACAACCCAAACGUUCUGAGGGUGGUCCUCUCCAGUGGAACCCAAAAAGAGAUCAAGGUGACCAAGCGGGCGACGGAGCGGACCGAAGACACCGUUUCUUCCUCGGAGUUCCAGCGGGUGACGACGCAGGAAGUUGCCGGGCCGAACGGCAACAACAACAACGGGGUGGGCGGAAUCCCGGAUAUUUCCGCCCGGCGGGUGGUCUCCAAGUGGAAACGGGUGGACGAUUCAACGCUGGAGGGGAUCGAGAUCGUUUACGCGGUAGGCGGGGGAGGGGAUCCGCUGUCCGCGGGACUGUCGUCGUCGCCUCAGGCAGCGCCAAGGAUUUUGUCCAAAUCGAGGCUCUACCUCGUGCGGUGACAGAAGCACCGCCCUGCUUGGUUCCGUCCGAGAAUUGCUGGUGCUCGGGCAGGUUCUUGACGGUAUACCCUACACGCUGGUAGCAACAUCCCCUCGACAGACACGAACCAUACGGUAUCGGUGGUGCCGUUCGUCGGCACAACUCUAAUUUAUCUGCCACUGCGCAUCACGAUUGCCACCAGCGAGACGCUGAACCGAAAAAUCUUUUCCUCUGAAACUGAAUUCAUUCUAAUACAACAUAGAUUUAAAA